AUGACAUUUGAUGAAGAGCUAUUUCAAUGCUCAUCGGGAACGAACACGUUAGUUAUAUUCUGUUUAACAGCAGAAAGUUCUCAUACAGGCAUCACACAGAUGGCGGAACAAAACGUGGAAGAUAACUUAUUCCAGGUCAUUAAAGACUCGAAUAAGUGCGAGGCGUUCAAACUUGUACGCACACAAAGAAAUUUCUCCUGCAUCAAAGACGGCUACAACUUGUUACAUUAUGCUGCCCUUCAUGGAUUUUCAGAUUUCAUUACUGCAAUCUACUUUUAUUCAGACUUUACUAAUUUGUUAGGAGCUGUCGUUGACAACGAAGAGGAUGAGUACAACAAGUGUACAGCACUGGACAUCGCCAACAAGAGAGGUAAUCCGAAGACUGUCAAACGCAUUUGUGAUUUUUCCGAUAGCGACAGAAGCUUGAGUGAAUUGCAUCGGAAAGUUAGGAUAGCUGAUAUAGAGUCUGUGACAGAAAUGCUCUCUAGUGAAAAUGACUUCGAUGUGAAUGUUACUUGUAACUAUGGUAACACUCCGUUAUAUAUGGCUUGUGCCGCUGGUUACUUGGAUUUGGUUGAAUUGCUAGUUAGUAAUGGUGCAGAUAUAAAUAAGAGCAAUUUGAAAGGUUUCAGUCCAAUCCACGUUGCGUCCAUGAUGGGACAUAUUAGUGUAGUGGAGUAUUUGAUAGAAAAAAAUGCUUUUCUCGGCGAAUCUGAAGAAUGUAACUUCACCCCACUUCAUCCGGCGGCAGACUACGGCAACGCUGAGAUUGCCGAAAUACUUAUUAAAAACGGUGCCAAUAUAGAUGCUGCUUCUAAAAGUAAAAGUCAAUGUACUGCUCUGCAUUAUGCUGCUGGGAACGGACAUUCGGACGUAGUCGAAGUGCUUUUAAAACACGGAGGCGAUGCAAAUGUUGGUAACAGACAACUUUCAAAGGCGUUGCACUAUGCAGUAGGGUACGGGCAUCUGGAAACCGCACGGAAAAUCAUUGAAUUUGGAGCAUAUGUAAGAGCCGUCAAUGAAAACGAAAGGUCUGCGCUUCAUUUGGCAUCCGAGAAAGGAUUUUUCGAUUUGGUGAAAUUGUUACUGGAAAAUGGGGCUGAAGUGAAUGGAGCCGACCAACGAGGUCGAACUUCUUUGGAUUUAGCUGCCACCAAAGGACAUGCAGACGUAGUUGACAUUCUACUUGAACAUAAAGCAUGCGUUAAUAUCAAAGACGAGAAUGACAUGACACCACUUUCACGCGCCUCUGAAAAUGGUCAUCUUUCAGUUGUGGAACGAUUAAUUUCAGAAGGUGGUGACGUGAACCCAGUGUGCCAUUUGUGGUGCAGACCAAUUCAUUUCGCUGCAUGGGCAGGACACAGUAAGGUAAUAGAUCUUUUGAUUCGUCAUGGUGCACAAGUGGAUGUCAAAAACUUGGCUAAAUCAACCCCACUGAGCUGUGCUGCUUUGUAUGGACACGAAGAAUGUGUACUCAAGCUGAUUGAACAUGGCGCCAAAGUCGAUUCAGUUGACGGUGAGAAACACACGCCAUUGUACUACGCUGCUUAUAGUGGCCAUCUAGCAGUGGUCCGACUAUUGGUGGAGAAAGGCGCAAACGUUAAUGGUGCUAGUUCUUGGACUGAAUACUCUCCUACAGGUAUAGCGUUAGAGAACGGACACGAAGAAGUGGUUCAAUAUUUACAACAAAAAGGUGGAGAUAAACAUAACUGUCGAAUCCAAUAA